GUUAGAAGCAUACAGGGUUCAGUCGAAGCCGCGCAUUCGUGUGGCACGCAUCGUGCGUUGCUGCGUGCGCUUUGUAGAACAAAUUUUCACGAUAGAGUUAUGCCCGUGGUCCCAGUACAGAAUUGAAAAUAAUAGCGUGCACCACCCAUAUGAAAAUAUAUACACAAGGGAUACAGUGAGCGAGUGCGUGAGAAGGUACAAAAAAUUCUAGAGUAUACAAGUGACACUAAUAAAAUAAUUCCUAGAGGAAUUUGCUUCGUUAAAAAAAAAAACAUUCAAUUACAUAGAGAAAAAGGAUAGCCGUCGUCAACAGCUGAGGCCUCUGAUAUCCUUGGGAUCGUUCCAGGUCCUGUAAUCACUUGGUCCGUGGCGAGUUUAAAUGCCAGGGUAUCGGUAGUGUUCCGUGGGAGUUAUCGAGCGAUAAAGAGACCUUAAAAAAAAUGUAGAAACAUGGCGCGUUAAUUUUAUCGUGCUGUCGAGCGCAGAGAGACAUAUUUUACGUAUGAUAGAGAAAAAAAUAAUUUUACGUGUAUUCGGUAGACGGAUGAAGGCGUGCGAAUCCAUGGGGAGAAAUUGGUUGGUUGAAAGUGCUUGAGUUCUUUUUUUUGGUGCUUGUUUAAAAGUGAAUGGUGCGUCUAGUUUCGUUAUAGUGGAUCAAUCGAGAAAAGGGUAUUAAAUAUUGCGAAGAGGAUUGAGAAAUAAAAGUGACGAUCAUGAGACCGGAGUACGGAAGAAGGUCGCAUAGGGCGAGGAGAUAUCGUGAGGAACAAUCAAAGCCAGGCCAGCUGGCCUGAGCUAUGCCAGCCAUUAGAUCAUCCUUGGAUUCGCAGUUGGUGGGAGUUCCAGGUACGCCAUCGCCAGGAAGAGUCUGUGCCACGCGUAGGGACCUCUUCCUCUCGGCGACGGUCGAUCCGCGUCCAGGUCGUGCUAUACACUGUCCUGAUCUAAAUGCUUGCCUGGUGAACGAGGGUCGUGCCAUUCCUGACGAGGUCGACUGUCAAGCUGUCCACUUUGGAUACGCCAUACCGGUGAACGUGGUGCCUCUAAGGGAACGUCCUGAUCUUGCUGAGCUGGUCCUGGACUCGACGAGCGAGCUCAGCUCUCAGGCAGUGAGCUAUCUCCUGGAUCAUCAUCCCCAGUUGCGGCAACAGAGACAAAUGGCGGCCACUGCCAAACACGAUCUUCGCAGGAAGUUCACGGCUGACUCCUCUGGCGAGGAGGACAUCGCAGCCAUAGCUAAACAGAUCAGCGACCACGCAGAGGCUAUAUAUCAGACGUGGAAGAGCAGGGGAUUGGCUCCUACGGAAAUACUUAAUUGCCAUAGCAAUGCCACAGCUGCUGACAAAUUUGGUACGGUAUUGACGCCAACGUCGACGAACAAAGGAUCACCCUCGGCGGUGGAUAUCCUGGCGCAAGCACCUAGUCUAGACAACAACAAUCUGGAGAAGCUUGUGAACAAUUUCGUAGUGGAGGACAAGGCGAGGAUAGCCGCGUCGAGGCAAAAGUCACCAGCGAAGAAUCUACCAUCUUCCAUACAGUUUGCCUUACAGAAAUUCGAAAGGAACACGCCCCAGUCUUCACCGGCGAAGACGCCGACGACGCCGGUGAAGCCUCAGGUGCAACCAAAGUCCCUUAGCCUGACAUCGCCUACCUCGACCUUUCCAAAUAAACCGUCGCAAAUAGUAAAGCCCCAAGUCUCACCCAAGACCCCCGGUGCUCACCACAAUGAGAUAUUCCUGGAGACGAUAGAGACGACCUUCCCGGCCGAUCUGACGCCCUCGAAGAUCAUUGUCCAGCAGAAGAGGCCGAUGAGUUCAGUUAUAUCCCCGGUGACGGCGGAAGCCAAUCCCAUGUCCUCGGGUCUAACAACGUGGCCCCUGAAAAACAAAAUAGGUGAACCAAAGAAAAGCAUUAAGAGUCCCCAGAGCCCAGAACCGCGUACUCCAACGAAGGAGGAGAAGCACGCGACACUGCCUAAUAAAAAUUCCAAUUCUACUGCAUACAUGGACGAGGUGGCGCGCGAGGAAGAGCGGCUGAUAAACGCAUUGAAGACCGGAGCCGUGAUAAUCGAUGAACCACUGGAGAGUACGAGCAGUCCCAUCAGUAAGCAGAAACCAGCCAUAAAGAAGGAGAGGCCCAAGGUCGAGCCAGUGAAGCCUAUAAUCCUGAGCCACAACCACAGCAUGGUGUCACCAGGAAUAGCCAACAGUGCUGGUGGCGCAGAAGCAAAGUCUCUUACUAAGGAUGACUUGUCCACCAUGUCCAUUGUGGAUUAUGCCAAGGUCCGUUAUAGGGCUGCGCAACAGAAUCCAGUGACACAACAAAGAUUAGAGGAGCACAGAAAUUCUGGCAACUUCAAUUCCACCGAGCAGUUGGUAUCGACAACAAGAACAAAAUUCGAACCUGAGACCAGCAAAGACAAAGAGUCCGGUAAGGAUGAGCGUGACUUCGCAACCUCUAGGUGGGGACCCAGGAUAAAUUCACCAAGACCAAGAUUGGAACAGGUCCCACAUCCUGAGUUAACUACACAGCAGAGGCAGCAUAUUCGCGCAGCAGCUACCGGAACCGGAAACAAUCCUGUCAGACCAUUUCUCACAAGAGGUUCCGUGGCAGAGCGCGUCCUCAUCUUCGAAAAGUGUCCGAGUGAGCUUCUUCUGGAUAAACGUGGACCAAGGCAACCCGCCAUUAACACCUGGAGAACCGGUCACGAGGUCCAGAGUAAAGCUCAGACCUACGUGCGAGAGAAGACACAGCAGAAGAGUUUACCACCUCACACGACUCUUCAGAGACAUGUUAAGGCUAACAGAAAUGUUCAUAUACCAAGAUUUUAUUUCCCUGGCGGAAAACCAAGUUCGCCCGCGCAAUUGGAGGCGACUGUUGCACGAAUCACAGCGGCCUUCCAGGCUUUACCUGGACAACAAGCGGCGCGCGCACAAUUCCAUGCAAUUACCAAAGCUUGCGAUUUGCCACUGUACUGGAAGAUUCCCCUGUUCCUUGCAGCUGGUGGAGAUCAGAAUGGAUUUGUCGAGAUGAAUCCUUACCUUGAUUUUUGGAAAGAAUUAUCCAAUACGCACCAUGACGCUGCUAGCAAGUUUGUCAGGAUCACGACAAGAGGUCUCAGGAACAAUAUCCUUCCGGAAGAUCUUAUUCCUCUGGUGCAGGACGUGGUCGAGACCCAUCCUGGUCUGACUUUCCUUAAGGAAGCUACAGAGUUUCAUUCUCGUUACGUUCACACGGUCAUCGCCAGGAUAUUCUACUGCGUUAAUCGUAGCUGGAGUGGCAAAAUCUCAGUUGCUGAAUUACGAAGAAGCAAUCUUCUGGCUGUUAUUGCUGUGCUAGAGCACGAGGAGGAUAUCAAUCAAGUUACUGCAUACUUCAGCUACGAGCACUUCUACGUUAUCUAUUGUAAAUUUUGGGAACUUGAUCGCGAUCAUGAUCUCUACAUCGACAAGAUGGAUCUCACCAGGCACAAUGAUCAUGCACUAUCUACACGCAUGAUUGAGAGAAUAUUUAGCGGCGCUGUUACCAGAGGAGGUGUCAAAAGUGGAAAUGGAACUCCGCAGCCAGAAGAUAAAAUGAGUUAUACAGAAUUUGUCUGGUUUUUACUCAGUGAGGAAGAUAAAAAUCAUCCCACAGCAAUAGAGUAUUGGUUCAGAUGUAUGGAUUUGGAUGGAGAUGGUUACUUGUCGAUGUAUGAAUUGGAAUAUUUUUAUGAAGAACAAUUGCAUCGCAUGGAAGCCAUUGCUAUAGAGACUCUGCCAUUCGAAGACUGCCUCUGUCAGAUGCUGGAUAUGAUUCAUCCAGUAACACCAGGAAAGAUAUCGCUGAGUGAUUUGAAGAAAUGCAAGAUGACUUCCAUCUUCUUCGAUACAUUCUUCAAUGUUGAAAAAUAUCUAGACCACGAGCAGAGAGAUCCAUUUGCAUCUACAAGGGAUCACGACGCGGACGGUCACGAGCUAUCCGAUUGGGAUCGGUUCGCCGCUGAAGAGUACGAACUCCUGGUUGCCGAGGAAAGCGGUAACGAACAGAGUGAACAGAUGUUGUACGAAUCCGCGUCAGAGGAUGCUCUCUCCCCAAAUCUGGACGUCCUCGUCGGAGAGUCCGUGGAUCUUCCUCAGGACGGUAUCCCAUUACGAUUCCACGAAGAGAUAUCGUCCGUGAUACAACAGCAAUUGAAGAGUCAGCACUACGACAGCUGUGACAGCGAUGACUAUGCUGACAGUGACAAUUAGUCCAGUUGGUGCCUCCAGUGUAAAGAGAAGCAAAGAAUUUGAUGAAUCCUGUAAAAGAGGAAGACAACAAUUAAUAAUUUCUCACAAUAAUAUAAAUAUUCCUUAAAGGGAAUAUAACUGAACAACAAUGACUGUACAAGAGAAAGAAUCAUAAAGUUGGAGGUGUCGAGAGACAGAUGUAACAAACACUUCUGUUAAAUAAUAUCAAGAGAAAUUGUGUUACUGAAAAGAUAAACUAGAAACGGGAUAGACUACAGAUGAUAAUCCCACGGUUGUUCAACGCGUUACAACGUUGUGUACUUCAGGUUGUAAAUAGACUAAAUUAUUGACAGAUCUAUUAUUACUUAUUAAUUUUAAUGUAAAGGAGUUUCUAGUUAAACGAGAAUCAGUCACUCUCCGAAAUUAUAAUGAAUUACACGUGACAAUUAUACAGGUCGUUUAGUUCGGUAUAUUGCACUUGCUUUUCGACCUCUAUAUAUUGAUAUAUCGUCGACGACGCGUUAUUAAUAUAAUUACAAUUACAUUAUCACCACGUAUUACCAUUGCAUACGAUUAAAAUAUAUACAUGUACGUACGACUUAAGUAUUUAUAUACCGAGGUAGUAAUCGAGAAGUACCGAAGUUAUUUAUAUACGGUGUCCUUUUUAACGCGAUCGCUUAGAAACUAUAGAAAAAAAAAUAAUAACGCUCUUCCCAAUAAUGAUGAAAGGAUCGCUAUACGGAUUUAGAUAUAUAUAUAAAAGCGCAUACAGGAAAAUGACAUGGGCCACGUGACCAACAAUGAAAAACAAAGAAGACAAUAGGGAACUGAUAUUUGUCUCAUUGUUAACGAUCGCUACGAGACGAGAAUCGAUUAAUGUCUCUUGGAUUAGUCACACAGAGAAAAAAAAACCAAAGAGACGCGACUUGUUCUUGCUUUUUUCUUUCUUUCUCACUUUUUCUUUUCCUCCUGUCACGCGUUUAAUAAGUCCAUUGCGCUGACGUGACUUCACCUAGGAACAAUGGUAUAAUCGCAUAAUUACAAACAAUAAAAAGUCAUGCUAGUAAAUUUCGAUUAAUGAGAAAACAGCAAAGCUUUGUUGCUAUUACCACAGCGUUAAUUACGGAUCUGCUAUAUCAAUUUACAAUAAAUAUUCUGCCAGACCUUUUGUACUUUGCUGUGAUUGCAUAUCUAAUUGUAUUACAACUAUUGGCGCCGGUACCCGGUUCACUGGAUGGAAGUUCCAGUAGAGGAGCUUGUAAUUUUCCUUUUUUUUAUUACUUUCCCAAAAUCAAUCACCAGCUAUUCCCUGUAUCGGCUUAACAGCUCAUACGUUAUCUGCCGUAGUCCAUUUUAAUUUUUACACGCGACAUUAUAUAGUUUUGGUUAAUCAAGACUGCUGGAUUGUACAUAUUAAUUUCUUGCGUUUAAGAAUAAUUUACCGUCAUUCGCGUAUACAUAAUCUUUCUAGUCCAAUGUGUGCUAUAUGAUAUAUCCCAGAUGCGGGAUAGAGAAGUCCUGAUGGGUCGUCCGUUUUUGAAUAAAUAAUAACCGAGCAUCAGAAUCAUCCCCGUUGGUAUUUCGCCUGUGGGAUUGAUAAAGUUAUGAUUAAAGAGAAGAGACAAAAAAGAAAAAAAAAGAUACAUACGUUAGUAGGUGGUAUUCACUUUCGUUGACUGUCCAAAGAUGUAACUAUUAUGAGUAGGUUGUUAUGGUUUUUGUACUAUUUAUACAUCCUAGGCUCCUUUUUAGCGUUCCAAGAUGAUUUAUAUAUUUAGGAACGAUUACGAUCAUUUAUUAAUGCAUUUUUGACGAUAUAUAUAUACGUUCGAUUGUUAUAAUAUAUUUAUUCAUUACAUCUAUAAUAGGUUUAUCGCUGUUCAGGCAAAUUGCGUGCCACCCAUUCUUAAUGCCACAGGCGUGAAUCUCUCUGUAUCUUUUUUUUUAUUAUUAUCCUCUGGUCGCGCCUGGUGGAAGAGUCUUGGAGAAAAAAAUUAUUAGUAAGAGAUCACUGUAUUGUUUUUUUUUGAUUUUGCUCGUAUCGCUUUUUGUUAAUUAUUAUAAAAAAGGCAAGAGUAUAAUAAUAAUAAUACCAAGAGAAUCGCAGAACUCUUACGUGUAACAGAACGUGUAAUAACGUUAUAUGAUAUUUUUAUCAAUUAUGAAUUUUCAUUUGUACCAUUAUCUUGUGCAUGAGUAGACGAGUAAGCCCAUUUUACGAGUUACAAAAUAAAUUCAAUGGUAAAUGAAUGAAUGGAGGAUGAAGAAUUAAUGAACGAUAAAGAGACUGUGGGAAUAUUAAUUAAAAAAGAUAUACGUAUACAACGGAUACGUAUGCGUUCAACCUGCAUUAAAUAAUUGUUUGAUAUUUU